AUGAAAAGAACAGGGGAAAAAUUCACUGAAUUUAUUGUUUCAGCAUAUGGUCCACCAAUACGUGUACAAAUCGAUCCUCCGAAAAAUUUGCAUGUCCCGGUUGGCGGUAGAGCUCGUUGGUACUGCCGGAUUAUUGGACAACGGAGUGCUGGAAUUCGAUUACAAUGGUCAAAAGUUGGUACUGCUGGAUUGCCAAGUAAUGCCGCUCAAUAUGAUGGUGAAUUAGUUAUUGAUGGUGUGCAAGAAACUGAUGCUGGUCAAUAUCGUUGUACCGCAUCUGGUGAUCAUCAAUUUGCAACCGAUGAUGCUACACUAACUGUUGAACCAAAACCACGUAUACCAGUUAUUGGUAGACCGCCACCAGUAAUGGUUGAACCAUUGGAGCAAACAGUAAAUGUUAAUGAUAUGGUUACAUAUCGUUGUUGGGUACCUGGAUUAUUAUCAUGUGAACUUAAAUGGUACAAGGAAGAUAUGGGAGAAGGAUUACCACAUGGUGUUUAUCAAACUGAUGAUGGUACAUUGAAAAUACCUCAUGCGCAAUUGGAACAUGCUGGCAAUUAUAUUUGUACCGCUUCUAAUGAAUAUGGUGUUGGUAAAUCACCACCUGCACGUUUAAUUGUUAAGCAACCACCGCAACGACCUAGAGUUGAUCCGCAAGAGAAUAUAGUUGCGGAAGGUGAAUCUGCACGUUUCCGUUGCUGGGUACCUGGUGAUCCAACAGCAAUUUUAACAUGGAAAAUGAAAGGUAAUGGUCCAUUACCACCUGGUGUUCAGCAACGUGAAGGCAUCUUGAAUAUCCCAAAUGCACAACGUCAACAUGCGGGAAGUUACAUCUGUACCGCAAGUGAUCCAGCAGGAUAUAAGUCACCAAUAGAUAGUCCUGUAGCCAAAUUAAUCGUGAGACCAGCGCCAACUAAACCAUUGGUAGAUCCACCGGAGCAAACAGUAAAAGAGAAUCAACCAGCUCAAUUUCGUUGUUGGGUUCCCGGUAAUCCGGCAGCAAUCCUUCAUUGGCGACGUGUUGAUGGUCGUCCAUUAGGAUAUGGAGUAAGUGAUAGACAGGGAAUUUUAUCCAUAUCUCGUGCUCAAAUGUCGGAUGCCGGUGAAUAUAUCUGUUCCGCACGUGAUGUUGAAGAUGGAGUACCUGUUGAUUCAUCUCCAGCACGAUUAGAUGUUCAAAGACAUUAUGAAUCACCAAUUGAACAUUCAUGGACGCAACCAACAUUGGAAAGUUUCCAAAAACCACAGGUUGAUCCAGAGCAUCAAAUGGUCUAUGAAGGUGAUCCGGCUAUGUUCCGUUGUUGGAUUCCAUCAAAUCCAACGGCACGUUUAAAAUGGUCUAGAGCAGAUGGUACACCAUUACCAAAUAGUGCAUAUGAUGAUGGUACUGGUACAUUGUACUAUCUAAGAGCUCAUGUAUCAGAUAGUGAUUUCUACGUUUGCUCACUUAUUGGUCCAAAUGAUGUUCCAUUGAUGGAAUCAGAUUCGGUUCAAUUAAAAGUAAUACCACAUGGAAGAAAGGAAAUUACGAAACUAGAAGUACCUCGUGCAACACCAACAGUUGAUCCAAUCGAACAAACUGUUGAAGAGGGUAAUCCAUCACAGAUUCAUUGUUUUGUACCUGAUGAACCUUCUGCUGUACUAAAAUGGCGAAAACAAGAUGGUGAAUUACCAGUUGGAGCAACUCAAAGUGAUGGAAUUUUAUAUAUUCCGCAAACAGAAAGCCAUGAUGCUGGAAGUUAUAUUUGUACUAUGGAUGAUUUUCGUGGUACACCAAUUGAUUCUGUCCCAGCACGUAUUCAUGUCACACAGCAAGGGAAAAUACCGCUUGUUCUUCCGACAUCAUUAACGGUCAACAAAGGUGAUUUGGUACGUUUCCAAUGUUAUAUACCGGGUAAACAUACGCAAUCGCUUCGUUGGGGAUUCAAAGAUCAAAAUGGACCAUUACCUGAGGGAGCAUAUGUAUAUUAUGGGGUUUUAACAAUUGAUAAAGCUCGUAUAACGGAUACUGGAAAGUAUAUUUGUACGUAUGAUGAAACAUCACAAAGUGCUAUACCAGUAAUCUUAACGGUGAAAAGUAAUGGAGGUGAUGGUAAAGUACAAGAACUAGAAAGUAUACAUGAUAUUGAUGAAUAUAAUAAUCAUAUGGAACAACAACAACAACAACAACAACAACAACAACAACAACAAUAUGAAUACCAUGAUAAUGAACAUGGAACAAUGGAUGAAAGUGUAACUAAUGAAUAUGAUGAAAAUGGCAAUAAUAAUGCUAACAGAAAUAAUCAUCAUGAAGAUGGUGAUAAUCAUGAAUAUUAUAAUAACAAUCAUAUUAUUGAAUACGGUGGUAAACCACCACGACCUGUUGCAACACCAAGCGAUCAGGUUGUUAAAGUUGGUGAAAUAGCACGAUUCCAUUGUGAUCCAAAUAGUGAUACACCCGUAACUGUUCAUUGGGGAUUUGAAACUCCCGAUGGUUCAUUACGAGGUGAUGUGGUACCGGAUGAUAAUGAUUUGAUCAUCCGUGCAGCUGAUCAUUCACAUGCUGGUGAAUACAUCUGUACUGCAACCAAUCAAUAUGGUUCUGCUGAAGCUGAACCUGUUCGACUUCAUGUUACCGAAAGAGAAGAAGCGCCAACAGCACGUGUGGUACCACGUGUUUGGAAUGGACAACCUGGUGAUAAGCAUCAAUUCCAAUGCAUUACAACCGGUUCUCCGGAACCAACUAUAAUCUGGACCGGACCAAAUGGUGAAGCAUUACCGGAAGAUGUUACUGAUAUUGGCGGUGGUUUCUUGGAUUUCCAAAAUGCCCGAACUGAUAUGAAUGGUGAUUAUACGUGUACAGCGACUAAUAUUGUUGGUGAGGCUAGUGAUCAUGGAUCUGUAAAUAUUGGUCCUUCACUUACCGUACGUACUAGUCCACCUGGACCGCGAAUAGUUCUAACAGCAGGUGAACCACUGGAGGUUAAAUGUGAAGCAUUUGGUGAACCGGAACCGGAAGUUGAAUGGUUACAUGAUCCUGGACCAGAGCGAGGUGAUCUUCCGGAUGAUUUUAAACCGGUAACAAUUUCGGAACAAUUCAUUCGACAUCCGAGUAUUGGACUUGGUAAUGCUGGUGUAUAUACGUGCCGAGGUAGCAAUAUUCAAGCUUCAGCUAAGAAGGAUAUUUACAUCGAAGUUGUGGAACCAUCGAAAGUAGCAACAGUUGCAAUCCUUGGUGGUUCAACACAAUGGUUUGAGCCUGGUAGAUCAGCUGAUUUGAUAUGUGCUGCAACGGGUAGUGAAAUUGUUGAUCGUAUUCAAUGGGUCAAAGUUGAUGGUGCAUUACCGGACACUGCUAAAGAAACGAAAUUUGGAAUUUUACAUCUAUCUAAAUUUAGGAAAUCAGAUAGCGGUGAAUAUGAAUGUCGCGGAUACCGUCACAAUGAAUUAGUGGGAAGUAAUCGUGUUGCAGUAUAUGCGACAAAUUUAGCACCGUUGGAUACAAUACGAGUAGAAAUUGAUUCUCCCGCUGUUCGGGUUAUUGAUCAGGGUGAAUCUAUAAAGCUUACAUGUACAGUUGAAGGCAAGUUUUUUCGAAAUUUUAAAUUUCAUCAAUUCACUGCUUUAAAAUAUUGUCAUUUUGUUGAAAGAUUUUAA